UUUCAGAUAACAUCUUUUGGCACUAUUGCGAAUGUGCUAGUUUUUCUGGCAGCUCAGCGAAUGAGCUCGAUGAGCAGCUCGUUUGGAAUUAUUACCAAAAAUCAGGCUGUUUGUAAUACAGUCAUGUGCGUCAUUUUUUUGUGCUACGUCUGUCCAAUGCAAUUGAGCGAUUCUCAAUUCCUUAUCCAACACUCCCACAUCCUUGGACUAAUUGCCAUGAGCACCUACGAAGCAUCAAACUUGCUCCAUUUACUCAUCGCAGUCAACCGAUUCUGUGCAGUGUUUCUUCCCUCCUACUACGAAAAAAUGUUCUCCAAAAUUGGAACAAUUAUCAUGAUUCAAUUAGCUUGGAUGACUUCUAUUAUCAUGUGCUCUAUAUUCUACGAGAUUCUGGGAUGUUACUUCUCCUAUGAUGACGUAUCGUGGACAUUUGGAUUUUUGGGAACUUCGAAUUGUGUUCAACUAACAUGGUACACUGAUUUUGCUCUAAACACUGUUCUGAUUGUCACCACUCUGUUUAUCAAUUUGUUAACUGCCUUCAAAGCAGGAAAAAAUAGCCGCAUGCUGAUGAACGCAGCUGGAAUCAAAAUGACACAAAGACAAAAACAAAGAGAAAUGGGAUUUAUAAAACAGACAUUUUUUCAAGGAAUCUCUGUUUUCGCCGGUCAAUUCACUUAUUAUCUCAUUGCUCCGUUACUGAAAAAUCUUGUUUUAUUAUUUUUGGUAGCCAGUUUGUGGGCGUUUAUGCAUGCUUUCGAAGGUUUUGUCAUGCUCUAUUUUCACCCAGAGGUUCAACCGAGAUUCCUUUAU